AUGGAGUUGUUAAGAAAGGCCCUGACCGCCAGCAGUUCUCGCGCCGUCUCAUUGCCCACCUGCGUCAUUAUCCGCGUGCCUGCGAAGUUGAAUUCGUGGCCCUUCUCCAAGGUACCGGUGGCGGAUUGGAUCAACGGGUCUUCGUGCUGGCUGGCCUGUAUACUGACAAGAACAGACGUGACAUGGGAUCCGAUUUUCAUCUGCGUCCAUUUGGUCCUGCAUCUGUAUGGCUUUGCUACGCACGAUAACUGUUGGACGAUCGACACUACGCCACCAUCUGUGGCUGUACGUUCUGAUUAAUAUAAGGUAGAGGGUGCCAAAAUAUCAGUGGCUCUCUGCCGUUUGUUCUUCUUGGGCGCGUAUGGAGGUAGCUGCUUAUGAAAUAGUCUGGGCGCCGUUCUUUGCUUACUGAUUUCGGAGCUGCCGCAGUUCCUGCGCUCAGGUCUCCACUUCGUUCCAGUGCUUUUGCCUUUUGGAAGUACACCCUAAGACAGUCAUUUUUGCGUACAUUAAGGCGGUUGAUAUGAUAGCUGACGAUCUGGGUGGUACUAGUCGUUUUUCGAAUUAAUAGAGGUCAUUAGAUCCUAUCGAUGAGAGUUUACUUUUUGGACCGUCCAUCUGGCUAGAUUAUAAGUGGAGCCGUCUCUAGGGUCACCAGUUUCCCAAAAGGGAUCUUUGCACUUAUGGAUCUUGGGUAAACCACAGAACUUGGCCUACGAUGUAUCAGUUGAUUUCGUUCUCCGUCCGAUCACUUUUAUGCACCUGAGUCGUUUUACAGGUCCGGUUAGCUGGCGGAUUAUCGAUGCAAUUCAUCACGACAGUUGUUCUCCCUUUGUCAACAAUCAACACUAUUAUAUCCUUGUUCAUUUAAAAGUCUGUAUAGCUUCGAUUUCCGCGAGCGAUAUAUUAUUAGUGUGCCUUCCCGUCAUCAGCUAAGGGAUGGCUUUUGGCGUAUGGUGUGCUUAGCCUCGUCAGUUACUUUGGUUCUUACUAGCAUGACCUAAAAGGCAGCAACGAAGUCCACCGGCUUGCCAUCCGCUGUGUAAAAACUGGCUUCACGAUUCUGCACUCCCCGUUCCUGUUUGCCUAACUGAUUGGACGACAGGUUGCACAUCAAAUUUUCAUCUGUGUUGCCUUCGGGUUUCAAAUUCAGUAACUUCAGGUCUGGAUUUAUUCGCUUCACUUCCUGACUCAUUCUGCCAGAGUGAAUACUAUUCAGUCGAGGCGAUCAGCGGCGUAUUCGCCGGUUCUUUUUUAAUGACAGUUCAGUACUUGCAUAAGCGCGGCAGUAGUCAUUGGCGAGCACUCUCGUGAGUUGCCCGCGAAAGCGUUGCAUAAUUUUCCCGGGAUUCACCGGGGUUCUGUAACGUAUAUUCUUCGACGUCAGUCCGUCAGAAAUGCAUUUGUGCGAAAGGCGGAGCUCCUCAGAUGUGCUUGCUAUCCUGUGCAGAAUGCUUGCAAUAAGUAUCAAAAUCGUUUCCUGAAAAAAGACAAAUAUUCUGCUGGGUAGAGAUGGUUAUUUAUAAUUUAGUGAAUUAAUGAGACCAGCGAAUUUAAAUCGAAAGAAUAUCUCUUCCAGGAAAAUUUUCGUGUAACCUUGUCGUUUAUUUUUAACUUAUGGCUACUUUUGUUGAGGUAGUUUAACUAUGAAUGCAGGUCUGCAAAACUUAAAGUAUGUGAAAACCAUAGACUGAACAAAUCAUUCUUGCAAGCAUGUGCAAGUUGAGCUUAAAUACAGUUAAAACGAUGACUACAUAAUUUACAGAUACCUUAGGUCUAUUUCCCAUUGAAAUGGAUUCCUUAUUGCAUCGCUUUCUCAAGUUAUCUUUGAACGCUAAAAAACAGUUUUCAGAUGUCGGCCUAAAGUAUUAAAUUUCGCCUAGGAUCUGAAAUUACCUCGUGAGUAUGACUGACGAAUUUUUGACGCUAAGCUUCCUAUCCUUUGUGGAGGCCAACAACAUACUCGACCGAAUGGAAUUAUUUCAUUCAACUAUUCACUAGAGUAUAAGUCCACUUGCUUGAGAACGCACUACUUCAGUCACGGCCAAAGGCACCGCUCCACUUCUCAGUGCCGAUGGAGCUACCUGUCCCACUGAGAGGAGACGCACAUUCUUAAGCGAUGGGUCGAGCACUUCAGAGGCGUCCUCAAAGGCCACUUCACAAUCUCCGAGGUCGCCAUCACCCGUCUGCCUCAAGUGAAGACCAACGCCGACCUCGACCCUCGCCCCCUCUCUACGAAACCAUCAGGGCCACGCGGCAACUCUCCAGCGGGAAAGCGCCCGGAGCAGACGCGAUACCUGCUGAGAUUUACAAGCACUGCGGCCCCCGACUUAUCGAUCACCUGACAGCGCUAUCCCAGAUUUAGCGACAAGGACAAGUCCUUCAGUAUUUCAAAGACGCCACAAUAGUCCAUCGCUAAAAGCGAAAGUGAACCGCUAACUCUCCGACGACUACAGAGAAAUCUCGCUGCUGAAGCAUCGCCGGAAAAUCUUCGCCCCCAUCCUCUUCAACCGUCUUAACAGCCAUCUGGAACAGCGACUCCUGGUGGAAAGCGAGUGCAAUUUUCGCAGCCAUCGUGACACCACCGUCAUGAUUUUUGCCGCCCCCCUCUCCCAACUGCAGGAGAACAGUCAAGAAAUGCGGAUCCAUCUCUGAUCUACCUUCGUGGAUCUAACGAAAGCCUUCGACACGGUGAAUCGUGAAGGACUGUGGAAAAUCAUACAGAAACUCGGCUGUCCGGAACGAUUCACUUAGAUGGUGCAUCAGAUCUACGAUGGCAUGAUCGCGUCAUGGACAAUGGAGCCGCAUCAGAGGCAUUCGCAGUGACCAACGGAGUGAAGCGGGGCUGCGUCCUCACCCCCACACUCUUCAAUCUCAUGUUCUCUGCCAUGCUAGUGGACGCCUACCCUGACGAACGCCCCUGGACCCGCUUCGCCUAAAGGACGGCGGCGAACUCCUCAAUAAUCGGCAGAUGCGCUUUCAGUCACGUGUAUCCACAACUUCCGUCCAUGAAUUUCUCUUCGCCGACGACAGUAUUCUCAACGCCACCACAGAACGGGACACGCAAAGGAGCAUGGACCUUUUUUGCUGCCAACUACGACAACGUCGACUUAGUCAUCAACAGUGAGUAUACAUCAACCACCACCCAAAGCUUCCUAUAAUAUACCUCAAAUCAAAGUAAACGGCGCCUAACUGCAGACCCUGGACACCUUCACCUUUCUCGGCAGCAUCAAAAUGGACGAUGAAGCGGUCCGCUGGAUUUCUACAGCCAGCCAGGUCUUCGGUCGCCUGCGGAACGUCCUCUGGAAACGUCACGGGCUCCACCUCAACAACAAACUCAAGAUGUACAAAGCGGUCAUCCUACCGACGCUACUGUAUUGAGUGGAGACCUGGACGUUGUAUAAGGAGCAAGCGCGAACGAUCAACCACUUCAAUCUCAUCUGUCCUCGACGGACACUAAUGCUGAGGCGGCAGGACCGGAUCCCAGACCCGACGUACUGGAACGGACAGGAAUCCUCAGCAUCCACACCAUGCUGAAACUACUGCAACUGCAUUGGAGCUCCACCUCGUACGGAUAAACAACGAGCAGCUACCCAAGGGACCCUUCUAUGAAGAUGCCGCCUCGGGUUCUCGUCGAAAAUGUCAAGCCCGGCGCCACAAGGAUAUUCUGAAGACUUCCUUGACGCGCGUACAGAUUAACGUGGCUGACCGGGAAGACCUCGGCCGGAACCGACGGGCCUGGAGGAGGACAUUGAAGGCAGGCGCAGGGAUCUACGAAACCAAUUGCAUAUCCGCAGCCAAAGCCAAACACGAAACUCGUAAAUCUCCACUGCUCCUACCUUGCAGCGCCAACGCUCAACCGCCCCCAACAUGCCCACGGUGUCAGUGGACGUUCUGGGUACCAAUCUUCGAACCAACUGCAGCACCCGAACCACACCACUUAAUGUCUCCCAGUCCACCUCUGCCUCGUCUCCCACGUCCAAAAUCAAUCCAAGCGCGCUCCUGAUCCUCUAUCACCAUCCUCCACCGCCCCAAAAUCUGCUGCGACGGCUGACACAAUUCUAAUGCACCAUCAAACGUCAGCCUUAUCACCGCCAACACCAGUGAUGUGGACUCGAUCCAAAUCUGUCAAAAUCGCGAUCGCACAUUCACCUCACACAUCGGCCUGGUCGGACUUAUUCAGGUAAUUUUCUCACUACAGGUCGAUAUUCCCAGUGGAUUUCGACUGCCACCGGGGAAACACUGUUUCUCCCUUAGGCAGAAGGCGACUAGAAAAGCCGCCCUAAGCGUGCAAGACCCACACAAGUUAGGGGGAAAGAAUUAUCUGGACAACCGUUACUGAUUUAAAGGACAACGGAUAAAAACAAGCGCAAAAAGGAAGUAAUAGUGAGUGGAUGAGGAUAAGUGUGCGAAAGUCGAUGAGCAAGGGACGGCCAAUAAGGAAGUCUGCAGCAACACUUAUUCACGUCAGAGGGUCGAAGGCGGUCAGCUAACUCGUUAAGUCGGCAACGUGUGUGGACCGAAAAAAGGGAGCGAGCACUUGCAGUUGCAUAAGAGUCCUGCAGCACGCCCUCAGAAUCAUGCGUUCAUCCCCCCUUCCCCCAUCAGUUGAUGGAGGCUUCCAAAGGUUAAAAAUCAGCAACCUUCUAGCCCACGAUUCGACGAACCAGACUUCAGGAAAACCCUGCUAGCCUUGCGCAAGUUGGGCAUAUCCACUCUUAAUAAAACUCACUCCUCGGAGUCAGAAACGUUCAAAGAAGUCUUAACGGGAUGAGAAUUCGUCUGGGAGUGCCACAGAAAGAAAGGCGAACUGUAUGUAAAAACAGUAGUAGGUGUCUAAGCAUUAAAUGCACAAAACCGAACAGAAAUGGAUAUUGUGCGCGGAGGUCAUCGAUUGUGAAUUAAUCGAUUUUUUUCUCCAUCCUCCCAACGAUGAAGAUCAUAGGCCGCAGCACUCAAAGCGUGUGGAAUAAUAUCUGCGUCAGCUUUUGCUCCAGAAGACGGAUAGCAGUGUCGAUAGAAUCGAACAGGCGAGUUCCGGGAAGCAGUUCAGAAGACGAAGGUACGAGCAUUGGAACAAGAAAUUUAUUGACCUUACGUCUCGGAUUCUCACUCGAACCCAUCAUCGCCUGCGACCGUCUCUGAUGAUGGGUUCGAGCGAAAAUCCGAGACGUCAGGCCAAAAAAUUUCUUGUUCCAGUGAUUGCACCUUCGUAUUCUGGACGAAUAGCAGUUUCAAAGUGAAAUAUAUACACUUUGAUAAAAGUUUAAAAAGCUGGCCGACCAUCGGAACAUUCGGUUUAUUGUGAUGAUCUAUCGAACUCGUACAGGGGUCCAUCGUCGGGGAUAGUAGAAACUACGGUGGUCGACCAGUCUUCUUCUUUAGUGGUACGUAGACAUGGAACUCGGACUUUCGCCCCCUCUCUGCUGGAAGUUUGCCGGAAAAAAGCAUGCGCACAUGCUUGUCAAGGGUUGCUGCCCACGGGCCUUGAAAAGCGUGCAUUUCAACCUUAUAUUACUCACCAAUUCCACCGUUUUAAUAGUUAGAAGUACUAACCGCCUAUUCACUUAUUUAGACCGAAUAAAGAUAUUUAAAUAAACGCAGCCCUCACCAAGCAUGACGUCAGAAGGCGGAAAGAACAACGGUACCAUUAAAAAAUAACAGGAAGAAUCGGCCAGUAAAAAAGUACUGCUUCGUUGGCCCUUCAUAUUCAACAACUAUCAGAACGACGUCACAACAUCGGUUUUAUAAUCUUGGGAUCUAGGCCUGCUGCUUUCACACUUUUGGUCUGCAGUCAACGAACUGAGACCUCAUCUAUAAAAUCCUGUGGCCCGAUCAGUUCCCGAGUUAGGGUAAAAACAGGAUUGCUGAAGUAAGUUGCUGCCAUCCACCGCAAAAAAUUUCACAGAGGGCGCCUACGAACGGGGGGGGGAAGUUUUAUGCUGAAGGGUGAAUAGCACCACGCUCCAGAUCAGUGGAAAUGUCUUUUCACUGACUAUCUACCUGCACACUUCACACAAAAAACCAGACGGAGAACUACCGAUCCUUGCCGUCUGGUUCAUGUUUUCAUCCGCCUCUUCACCGAACCGUCACAAAUUCCACUCCCAAAGGAAGUAGAUCGACCCAUCCGAAUGACCGGACAAUUGAUGUCAGUAAAUCAAACCACAUUUUACUUGGUCAACUGUUGUUUUAUUUCCAUUUCCUGGCGUCAAAGUUGAUGAGACGUUAAUGAAUCCAGCUAUGGACACACUAAAAUUGGUUGCCACUAAGCGGCCAUCACCGAUCCCUUUUCCGAGCAUAUUAGGGAAGAAGCCUGGGCAAGUGCAUCUGUCCACUCUCUUGAUAUAAGCAUUACGAGAAAAUUAAAUUCGACUCUCUUCCAAGCCCCUGCAAUCCCCUCAAGUGGGGUGUAACAUGUUGAGUUGUUUUAUUUUGAUUGCGGGAGGAUUGCAGCUCCACUGGCCGGGAAGCGCCUGCAGCUGCGAAACACGAUAACUCGUGCCAUUUCAAGACAGCCAUAAUUCACGACUGCUUUAAAAUUGGCAGCUUUCAUGGGCGAAGCUGUUUCCCUUUCUCUUAGCAGUCGAAAUCGAAAUAGGUUAAGUCGACAAAACGUAAGUGACCCUUGAUUAUCUGUGAGAAUGUCAGAAGGCAUUGCUGGUACAAAUGUGCUCACCAUACAGCAUUUCAAAGAGAUCGGCCUACCAUCAUUUUCGAAGAGUAAAAAUAUUGGAAAACCACCGUACCCAAGAAUGGAAGCUAGAAUGCGAAUUCCAGGUUCUUUUUGUAAGGAGGGUGAAUGCCCGCUCAAACCAACACAUCUACUGUCCCUGUGAUUGUGUGUUCAUAUUCUUCACAAACAUUUUACUGGUUGUGGGACAGCUGAAUUGGUAUACUUGCGUGCUUUGACCAUCAAUGACCAGAUUGCUUCCACCGAUUUCUGUUGCUCAUAACUGAAUCAUCUCGAGACUUUGUGUAGGCUUCUCAGUGAAACGUCAUGUUUGCAUGUGGUCUAUGCGAACAGCACACUCACGGAGCAGAGUUCAAGGAGACGGACUUGAGGUAACAAUGUUUGGAACAAUGGCGCAGAAUAGGGUGGGUCCCCAUGGACAAACACUAUUCUGUUGGUAAAAUUCGCUUAUAAUGUCUGACAAAGGAGAGAAAGUGGACACCUGCAAACGUUGAUAAGGGCGAGCAAGACAACGACCGCGCAGUUCGUAUUUAUGACAUGCAAGCGUGGGAAUACUCGCUGAUCCGUGCAAAUGCAUUAACACAGAAAUCACAGGGAAAUACAGUGGUCGAUUUCUGCACUUCCACAUGAAGUUGAAGUUUGUAUGGUUACAACUAUUCGUGACAGUUGGGUAACUUGAAGAAAAUAUGGAGAACACUAGUCGUGCUAUCAGAAUUAGAGCUAAAUUGUUGGCAGACUGCCGUAACCUAAAGACACAGAGCCGGUGAACUGUUUACGUUGACGUCAAAACUUCACGACCGCCAGCAUUUAAAAACUGGCUCAUGAUGGAUUGGCGGUCACCUUGGAAUUUUCCGCAUCCAAAAACGGUCGUCCCCACGCGAAAGCCGCAGUCAAAAGCUAAAGCGAUGACGUUCGACGGGGUCACGCGUUGGAUAGUUUACGUUUAACGCGCGCGGUCCUCACAUACCGUCACGACCUCCUUAUUAUCGUUUGCUGUCCGCUCACAUAUUUCGUCCACACCUUCGAAUUCCAGUCCAUAAUUUGUCUCCAUCCCACAAACCCACCUCCACUGCCCCUCAAGCCGCCUCAGAAAAUUUAGCCGGGUCACUUGGGUGACGAAAUCAGACUAUUCGGAUUUCAGAAAUCGCAUCAGCAAGAGGGAUAGGGUUGACUUGCAUGGACCCCUAAACAGGGCAUGGAAACAGAGGUCGUCUCCAAUUAGUGUGGCUUUGAUCCAACUUCCGGUGAAAUUAGGAUUAGGGUUAGGUUAAGGAUAAGGUUUAAGGCUAGACAUAAAAUUAACGGUACGGUGAGUCAGGACCAAGUUUUGCGUUAAGGUUUAGGGCAAAGUUGACGUCAAGAUUAGGGCGACAAUUCGGUUUCAUAUUAGGGUUCUUGUUGAGGUAAGGACGCGGGAAUAUCUUGCCCCUUCCGGAAUUAUGCACAGUUCCGAUUCGCAUGUCCUGUUCAGGGGGCCAUUUAAGUCAGUCCUACCGCAGAAGGGCAUAAAAACACUUAGGUCAGUUGCUUCCGGAUUAAUACAGUGAGUGACCUAUCUCAUUAAACGUUGGCUGAAAUUCUAAAAUGCGCUUUCGAUUAGGAAGGAUUACUUGAUCGCGGUUGUAAUACUGCUUAUCUUAAGGCAUACUCUUAUAACAUUCUAAACUCGGCAGGAUGUCGGCAUUUAAAUGCACUUGUUUGCAAUCUCCUAUAGAAAGCGUGCUGGCUACAAAAUGACUACAUAAGUAGCAUGCAUUUUCCCAUUGAUUUUCGAUGGUCUUGGAAAUUCAAAUAUAUUUUAUAGAAACCAUAAACAAAAAUAUGCUUUCUUUUAGUCAAUCAAUAGGGAAUCACGUCUUCUUUAUAUUUUAUACUUAAAGAGGGAGUAUAAUCAGGUUUAAAAAAGUUUUCUAAUUGCUGAAUAAUUUGGAGCCUGAUCAUUCGUUGCAUUAGCGCUUAGUGAUUGCACUCUACAAGGUGCAGGCGUUCCGCGUAAAGAAAAUCACAUAUUUUUCUACGUCAUUAAAGAGAUAUUAUACAGUGUCCAUAAAAUUUUGCAAUGGAUGCGAAUCAUGUUGUACAUUUCAUGAGGAGCAGUGGUAAACGGCCAGGUACGAUGCUAUGUGAAUGGACAUUUCGCGGUCUUAAAAAGUCUCAUAAUUAGAAACUUUUUUAAAACCUAUAUAUACUCCUCCUUUGAGUAUAAAAAAUAAAGAAGACGUGAUUCCCUAUUGAUUGACUAAAAGAAAGCAUAUUUUUGUUUGUAGUUUCUAUAAAAUAUAUUUGAAUUUCCAAGACCAUCGAAAAUCAAUGGGAAAAAUGCAUGCUAUUUAAGUAGUCAUUUUGUACCGAGCACGCUUUCUACAGGCGAUGGAAAAGAAGUUCAUUUAAAAACAGACAUCCUGCCGAGUCCAAAAUGUUAUAAGAGUAUGCCUUAAGAUAAUCAGUAUCACCACCGCGACCAAGUAAUCCUUCCUAAUCGAAAACGCAUUUCAGAAUUUCAGCCAACAUUUCAUGAGAUAUGUCACGCACUGUACAUCAGUGCUUAAACUGUGUGCGGUUGUCGCAGACCUUUCUCUCCCAACCCACCGCAGUGGCUGUGAUAGCAACACUGGUUAUGAAACUGACCCAGCCUCUUGCAAGCGCUGUGAUCGCAAUUACAGGCAGAAUGAGGGUGACCACCGCCUACUGAAUUUCGAACCUGCAUUUCCUGACCUAUCUGAUGAAAGGUCACGAACUGUGAACUAAAACCUUUAUAGCGCAGGAACCGCCCAUCCCUCAUCCACGAAAAUUAUGCUCCGUUAGAGAAACGGCCGAUCUUCAAAAGGGAGUACAGCUUUGCUUUUACAGUAGUAUGGAUUAGCUGAGGAACAAUCUUUUUCGAAAACCAUCAAAUCUGAAAAACGACUUCAUGCCAGGUCAACUAUUCAAAGUCUAAUGUAACUGUCUGCAGAGAAGGAAAAUGCGAUGCAAUGGCGAAAAGAUGAAAGCCAAUGAAAAUACGACGUAUUAGUACUUUGUUGGCUGUCCCUUUGCCUUUAAAAUUUCUGUAAAUUGAGAGGACAUGGAAAUUACCAAGCUGUCUGUUCAAUUAUUGAAUACAAAGUCCGGCUUUUGUUACAUUCAAAGGAAUUAUCGUGCACCCACCCAAUCUCUUUUGAUUGGUGCAAAGAGAUUUCCGAUGGAAUUUAGGUCCGAACUGCUGAUCGGAAUAAAAAUACUUCGCAGUCCGCAAGUGGAGAGGCAGCCUUCAGUCCAAAAAAAUCAUUAUAGUCGCAACCUAAGAUGAAAAUUACUCGGGUAUCAGGAAAUGUCCGAUUUUGCCCAAUCUUUGUCUGUUUUCCUUCCAUAACAUAGAUCCGAAAUGAAGUUUUCUUUAGUAAAGGGCUUUCUGUGUUUUGUAUCAGUUCAAUAAACCAAAAUAAUCAAAUCAAAUGUAUGCGGCACUACCCUCUUAGUGCCGAUCAAGGGCAUUUCAUGAGUUAGGCCAUCUGCUGCAUGCAGGAUGGAGAUGUUUCCCACUACCAUGUGUAAUGUGGGCAUCUGCAUUAUUAUACCAGCGGGUGAGGUGAUAGCCGCUCUGGGUCCUUAACCAAAUUGACUGGCAGACACCUUCUUCUGUCUGCCCAGCGUGCUUUACGGCGUUGCCUGCAGUCUGGGCUUCCUGUUGGUCUUUUGCUACUUACCUUCUGGUCUACCGCCUGACUGGCAUAUGAUUACAAGAAGUGGACGCCCAGAAUCACUUGGGCAUGUGGAUCACUACUUUACUUAACCCUUCGCUGCACCACUCUAAGGUGUCCAAGUCCGCGAUGUCAGUCCUGUACCUCGUCAAAUGGGCGUUUGCUUCCUUUGAUGAAGACUGCUUUGUAAAGGCCUUUCGAACUUUUGUGCGGCUACACCUGGAGUUUGAUAUCCAAGCAUAGAGACCCUGGCCCACUAAAGACUUCAGCUUAUGCAAAUAAGUUCGACUGUGGGCAACCGAACUUGUAGUUGGACAGGACUCAAUAUUCCACAAAACGCGAAAAAAACUACGUGUUACUGGUGCUAGGCUAGACACGUGGAAGUUUUUCUUCCCCAACGGUGGUUGAAACUUGAAAUGCUAUGCCUAAGGAUGUUGUUAUGCCUGCAUCCAUGGGACCUCUUAAAAGAAAGCUGGAUCAACUUUGCGGUGUGCACCACAAUGCCAUCCAACCGUUGUCGCCUUGAUACCUCGAGCUAGCAACUAUUACUGUUGGAAUACUACUGCGAUAUCUUAGUAGCGUUUGUUUAUAUGAUUCACUAACGUGUCAGCCUCCAAGCACACUACUGACGUUCACCAUUGCGCUUGCAGACCACAGGUCAUUUUUCUUUCCCUGUAGCUUAGGCGUGCCUCGAGUAACCGCCGCAUUACGCACCUACGUGAGUAAAUAUGUCUUCCAAUGCUGUCAACGCAUGAAAAACUUCGUUUAUCUGUACAGCUUUUGAUAUCUCCUUUGAUGUUAUUUGAUGUAACUACUUUUCCUAAUCUUUCAUAUAAUUCCUCUGCGCGUAACAAAUAGGGAUUUCAAGCAUGUACACCAACUUUCCCUCAGAUGAAUUAAACUUAACCGGAAAAAUACCCGAAACAAGGAAAUGUCCACUGUCUCAGACGCUGGGCGAAACUGAAGGGCUUGUCUGCGGACACGAGUAGGAGUGGACUAAACACAUAAAUAGGAUGAACGGUGAAAUGACUGCAAACUGUCUGCCAGGGAGAAAAAUUGGCAGACACUGUGCCACUGCUUACUUGAUCCCCUCUGUAUCUGUCCUUCACUUAAUGCAAACACUAGACUAUUUAUGAGUCGAAAAAAAAUCAUAGCUCCUGUGAAUAUAAUUUAGUAAUACUUUUGAAGAAGAGCUCGAAAGCGAUUUUGGCAUAUCGUCUGUCCAGGUAGUUAAUCUUGAUAAUGCCAAUGAUUAUGGCGAUGAUGAUGAUGAUGAUGAUGAUGAUGAGGAGGAGGAGGAGGAGGAGGAGGAGGAGGAGGCGGGGGAUAAUGGUUUUGAUUAUGGUGAUGUUGCUUGA